UCUGCCGCUGGUGCUGAUGCUGGUGAUUGCUCGUGGAUGAUGUAUACAGUCGACUCAACACUUUUCCCAACCAUCCCCAACCAUUUCCUCGCCGCUGGUCACAUCCCGCCCCAACAUUUUUCCACUGAUCGCUAUCGCACCGGUAUCGAUGCAAUGGAU